GGCGGGGAUAGGAGCCCGGCUUGGGCCAGGCGGCGGGAAUGGCGGCAGGGGCUUCAAGUGGCAGGAAUUGAGGUCAUGGACUACCUCACGGUACCCAAGGUAGAAAAUGUGAAAUUACUAGGAUCUUACUGCAACUUACCUGAUACAUAUCGAGGCUUCUGGUGCAGCAUGGAAGGAAACAUGGAGUUUAUGAAACAACACAUUCCAUGUGGCCUUUCUUGGUUCAGAGGAAACCAGACUUCAGGAACCCUCUAUAUAAAGGCUUCACUGUGUAUGGGGUUCUCAAUCCUAACACUGUACCCUACAAUAUUCAGCUUGAAUAAAUGAGGCCAGGAAUUGGAUGACUCAGGGGCAAUGGUUGGUAACAGGAUUGCAGUGAGGAGGCCCAAGAGUGAUAAGAUCCAGUGUCACCCCAGGCUGUCAAAGCAGAAUCCCUCAUUUUGAGAUUAUAGAUGAUUGCUGAAAGAUCCUUGGAGGAAUUCGUCAAAGAGGACUCCGAGGAUUGCUUUUCAGAGGCGCUCCAGCAGGAAACUGAGGAGGCAAAUGACCUGGCUGGACAGAGCUCUGGAAGUGGUGAAGAAGGUUCUGGUGCAGAAUGUAUAAUCGCUUUGACAAAGGGCUGCAGCCCAAGCAGAGUGUGGUAGAGAAUCUCCUGGAAAUUAAGAAAUGGGGAGUAAUGCUAGAGGCCGAUGUGCAUGAACUAAAAAAGAUCUGGCAUAUAUCCCUGCUCAUAAUGAGAGUUGUCCUGUUCCAAUCAGCCAAGAUGAACUUCAUGGACAUCACCAAGAUAUUCUCCCUCCUGCAGCCCGACAAGGAGGAUGAGGACACCGACACAGGGGAGAAGCAGGCUCUCAAUCAAGCAGUGUAUGACAACGACUCCUAUACCUUGGACCAGCUUUUGCACCAGGAGCGUUACAAACGUUUCAUCAACAGCAGGAGUGGCUGGGGCGUUCCUGGGACACCUUUGCGCUUAGCUGCUUCUUAUGGCCACUUGAGCUGUUUGCAAGUCCUCCUGGCACAUGGUGCUGACAUUGACAGCUUGGAUGUCAAGGCACAAACACCACUUUUUACUGCUGUCAGUCAUGGCCAUCUAGACUGUGUGCAUGUUCUUUUGGAAGCUGGUGCCUGUCCUAGUGGUAGUAUCUACAACAAUUGUUCUCCUGUGCUCACAGCCGCCCGUGAUGGUGCCAUUGCUAUCCUUCAGGAGCUCCUAGGCCAUGGAGCAGAGGCCAACGUCAAGGCUAAACUACCAGUCUGGGCAUCGAACAUAGCUUCAUGUUCUGGCCCCCUCUAUUUAGCUGCAGUCUAUGGGCAUCUUGACUGUUUCCGCCUACUUUUGCUCUACGGGGCAGACCCUGAUUACAACUGCAAUGACCAGAGCCUACUAGCACGUAUCCCACAGCCACGUACCCUCCUUGAAAUCUGCUUAUACCAUAAUUGUGAGCCAGAGUACAUCCAGCUGCUGAUAGACUUCGGUGCUAACAUCUAUCUUCCAUCUCUCUCCCUGGACCUGACCUCCCAAGAUGAUAAAGGCAUUGCAUUGCUGCUACAGGCGCGAGUCACUCCACAGUCACUCCUAUCACAGGCCCGUUUAGUCAUCCACAGAGCCCUGCGCCAAGCUGGUCAGCCACAAGCCAUUGACCAGCUGGAUAUUCCUCCUGUGUUGAUUAGCUACCUCAAACACCAACUGUAAUCUUACAGUCUGCACAGGAAUCCAUGAUGCCUCCAAAAAAAAAAACCUGUGGAUCCAAAUAGCUGGAUCCACAGCUCCAGCCACUACAGCUCCAUCCACUUAUCUGGAACUGCUAUCCUGUAUUAUCCUCCACAAUAAAAUCCUCAA